CAGAAAGCUAAAGAGACGCUGAGUCAGCUUUUCCCUCGGACUUGUAGCCUCUGGUCUCGUGGCUCGCUGCUGACUGAGAGGAAGUCGUCCACACGUCGGUUUACAGAAAGCUAUUUCAAACAUGUUUUUUAGCCGCUUCUGUAAACCUGAAGCAGCAUAAAGACGCCUUUAUUUGGGUAGCAGCAGCAUCAUAUCCUGUUAUACAGGCUUUAUUUACCACAGGAUCCUUGUUUGGGUCCGAGAGCUGCAGUCACGAGACAGUCAUUUCCUACAAACUACCACACUUCUACAGCUCCUGUUGAGAGAAGGAAGUUGGAUGUCUGAGUAUUUUUUAAUUUUCUACUCCACGGUUUGCUUUGUUACCGAGACACAAAAUGCUGUCCUUGGAGCAAGUGAAGCAGAGUUUAGAGAGUGCAGGACAGUCUCACGUCCUGCAAUUUUGGCCGGAGCUGUGUGAGGUGGAGAGAGACAGUUUCCUCCAAGAGUUGUCUCAGCUGGAUCUAAAGGGACUUACGGAUCACUGUGAAGGGGCUGCGAGGUCUGCAGCCUCCCCGUCUGCCAGCUUGGAUCAACACAUGGAGCCAGUUCCCCCAGAGUCCAUCGGCAGCGUGAGGAAAAGUGACAAAGACUCUCUUGCAGAGUGGGAAAAUGAAGGGCUGUUGCAAAUCUCAGAGAAUCGAGUUGGAGUCCUGCUCUUGGCUGGUGGUCAGGGGACCCGCCUUGGUGUACAGUAUCCCAAAGGGAUGUAUAACGUUGGGCUACCAAGCGGCAAAACCUUGUAUCAAAUCCAGACAGAGCGCAUUCACAAAAUCCAGGAGCUGGCUGACAGAAAGUAUGGCUCAAAAUGCACCGUUCCAUGGUACAUAAUGACCAGUGAGUUCACUCUGGCACCCACUGAGAAGUUCUUCAGGGAGAACAACUACUUUGGUCUGGAGCCAUCAAACAUUGUUAUGUUUGAGCAAAGGAUGAUCCCAGCAGUGACGUUUGAUGGAAAGGUCAUCCUGCAGGGCAAAGGGAAGUUAGCCAUGGCCCCAGAUGGAAAUGGUGGUCUAUACCAGGCGUUGGUGGACAACAAGGUGCUGGAGGACAUGAAGAAGAGAGGAGUGGAGUACCUGCAUGUGUACUGUGUAGACAACAUCCUGGUCAAAAUGGCUGACCCCAUGUUUAUUGGGUUCUGUGUGAGCAAAGGAGCUGACUGCGGAGCCAAGGUGGUGGAGAAAGCGUACCCUGCUGAGCCAGUUGGCGUUGUUUGCAGGGUGCGAGGCGUCUCCCAGGUGGUGGAGUACAGCGAGAUCCAACCAGAGACAGCUGAGCUCCGAGGACCUGGAGGGGAGUUGGUGUACAGUGCUGGAAACAUCUGCAAUCACUUCUUCACCAGGGCUUUCCUGCAGGAUGUAGCAGAGAAAUUUAAAGGCCAACUGGAACAACAUGUUGCGUUCAAGAAAGUUCCCUUUGUGGACUUAUGUGGCAAUCAAGUCAAACCCACCAAACCCAAUGGCAUUAAGAUGGAAAAAUUUGUUUUUGAUGUAUUACCAUUCUCAAGGAACGUUGUUGUGUUUGAGGUUGUGAGGGAGGACGAGUUUUCCCCACUAAAAAAUGCAGACGGAGCAGCCACAGACAACCCAACCACAGCCAGAAACUCUUUGCUGGCUCAACACUGCCGCUGGGCCACAGCUGCAGGAGCCACGCUGUUGGAUGAACAUGGGAAUAUCCUUCCUCUUACAGCCAGUGCAUCAGCAGGGGACAGUCAUCCAGCACUAUGUGAAAUUUCACCACUGGUAUCCUACUUCGGAGAGGGCCUGGAGCAGCUGCUGAAGGGGAAGACACUGCCAACUCCUCUCAUUCUGGAUGAAAAAAGGGCCAAAGAGCUGCAGGCUCAGUAACAUUUCUCUGAUUAAUUCUGUGACAGGAGCAGAGAUUCCAGUACAGUGGAUAACAGGAUGGAGAUGGCAACCCUGGAGCCCAAGAAUGCACAAUUUGUUUAAAUAAAUGUUUGAACUGUAUGUCAACUUGUGAAGAUAAUAAUAUCAAACUGUCAUGUAAUUCUCUCUUUAAAACAAAUAAGACAAUAAGGGACUAGCAAUGAGUUUUUGGAAUAAAUAUAAGUUUUGUUUUACAUGUUACCAAAAAUAUAACGUUAAUCAAAAUA